GUUGUAUCGACAACGGUUAAUGUGGACGGUCACGUGUUGGCCGUGUCGGACAACAUGUUCGUCCACAACAACUCAAAACACGGCAGAAGAGCCCGCCGCCUUGACCCCUCAGAAGCAGCUACCCCAUGCAUAAAGGCCAUUAGCCCCAGUGAAGGUUGGACCACUGGAGGAGCCACGGUCAUCAUCAUUGGCGAUAACUUCUUCGAUGGACUACAGGUCGUGUUUGGCACCAUGCUAGUAUGGAGUGAGCUCAUUACGCCCCAUGCCAUCCGAGUGCAGACCCCUCCGAGACACAUCCCAGGCGUCGUAGAGGUCACCUUGUCCUACAAGUCCAAGCAGUUCUGCAAAGGUGCACCGGGGCGAUUUGUGUAUACAGCUUUGAACGAACCAACUAUUGACUAUGGCUUCCAGAGACUGCAGAAGGUCAUUCCCAGACAUCCAGGUGAUCCUGAGAGGUUGCCCAAGGAGGUGUUGCUAAAGAGAGCCGCCGACCUUGUGGAAGCGCUGUACGGGAUGCCACACAACAACCAGGAGAUCAUCUUGAAGAGGGCCGCAGAUAUCGCAGAGGCUCUGUACAGCGUCCCACGUAACCACAACCAGAUCCCGUCCCUCGCCAACACGGCCUCUCACGGCGGAAUGAUGGGAGUCAACUCUUUCGGCGGUCAGCUCGCCGUCAACGUCUCAGAGACCUCACAAGUGGGCUACAGUCGCAACACGAGCAGCGUUUCGCCUCGCGGUUACGUGCCCAGCAGCACCCCGCAGCAGUCCAACUACAACACCGUCAGCAACAGCAUGAAUGGCUACGGCAACACGGGAAUGCCCAACUUGGGCGUGCCCAGUUCACCGGGCUUCUUGAACGGCUCCUCUGCAAACUCUCCCUACGGCAGUAAGUAUCAAGCUAUGUCCGGACUGGUGGUCCCACCCAUGUAAAUUGCACUCCCUUCCCUUGUAAAGCAGCCACCUCCUCACUGGGACGAAGCGUAGUACGUUAUACGGAGGAUCCUCCUCGAAGUCGUCAUUCGUCAUGAAGUUAAUCAGCAGCUAAUUCUGUUAUUCAGAGGAAAAAGACACUUUGCUUCAAAGAGUUUAUUCGAAAUUGACAUGCAAGCGACUUCACAGUUUAUUGACUGAAUCUUGUCAUUUUCACGAUCUCGAAGGGGAAAAAAAUAACAAAACGUACCUAUUUUGUAUAAACAUUUCUGGUUUAAUCUUGGCUAUGUCUAGUUCUUGCUAUGUGUGGGAAGAAACAUUGUGGAUAUGUCAUUUGAUGAAAACACUGAUAAAAAAAUGUGUAAGAAUGUUUCUCUUUCACCGAUGUGCUGCCACUGCACAUCUUCAUAAUGUGAAUUCAUUUUCCUUUUUUAUUAUUAUUAUUUUUUGUUUAUUGUUUUGCUUAUUUUUUUUAUUUUGAUUGUGGUAAUAAAAAGGGGGCCAAUAUAUACAGAGCCAAUAAACUGGAAAUAAUAUAAGAUAUAUGAUUUAUAAAUCAAAAAGAAAGGCAAGGAAGAAGGAACGAUGCGAGGAACCGGGAAAGGAGAUCUUAUCUUUCAGUUCGUUCGGCGGAAAUGAACUUUGUAACUUAUUGUAGGUAGAAGUUGUAACUUUGAUAUUGCAAAAAUUCUUCUCUUGCCUUCAACAAGCACACUAACAGAGACGAAGCGCUACUGUCUGUUGGUUACAAAAGACAAAAAAAGAAAAAAAAAAGAAAGAAAAUAUUUCCACUGCUAAAGCUUCCUGUAAAGCGAGUGUGAUCUGCAAUGUUUUUCAACUUUUUGCUAGCACUGUAUACUAUUGCAUUCUUAGGCUACUGUGAAGUCUGUUUCUUGUAC